UAUUGCUUACGUAAAUAAUUAUGCAUAAAUCUAUUAUGUAUUAUAUCUCCAUAACAACGUGAAAGAAGUCACGGGUAGCAGCUAGUAUUAAAAAAGCAACUCCAUUUUGGGAACUACUUUCCUCUGCCAGCCAUAACAGCGUUAAAAAUGCAAAUUGACAUCUGAUCUAAUAUUAGAUAAGUCAGAGAUAAGACUAAUAACAUUUAAUAUAAUAUUACUAUCUCGCCUGCCCUGUAUUAACGUAGCAUUAAAUUUAUUUGCUUAAGAAAAUACUUUUUCAUAUAAUAACUAACGUUGGUGCUAGUUGAUUAGUUGUUCGUGAUCAUGGAUAGUGAGAAAGUGAGUGUUAAAGCCUUUUUGGUGCAAGGUUCGGCGGCAUUGGCAAUUUCUGCCCUCACCACACUCACAGGCCUGGUCUUCUCCUGGCCUUCCUACAAUGUCGCGAACUUCAUAUCCAACGGGACCGUCCUCCAAGAGCCCAUGACGUCACUACAAGUGUCCCUAUUGGGGAGCUUGACGAAUGUGGGGGCUAUGAUACUGACCCCCUUCUGUGGAUAUUUCGUCAAUAAUUUGGGGAGGAAAUACAGUGCGAUGUUAUUUGGACUGCCUUUUGUGUUGACGUGGUCAAUCAUCUCCGUGACUACUUCAAUACCUAUGGUCCUGACAGCCGUAGCUCUAGCCGGGUUCGGGACGGCAGGACAGACGAUCUCAUCCAUAUACAUAUCCGAGAUCGUCCAGGAUUCCAUCAGAGGAGCCAUGAUGUCGACUGUGGUCUCAAGCUACUUCCUCGGAGUACUGAUCUCGUACAUCCUGGGAGGGGUUCUGUCUUAUUAUCAGAUUAUAUAUAUAGAUCUGACGAUGUCUGUUCUCUAUGUGGUGCUGUUGGCAUUCUUGAAGGAGUCGCCUGUGUUUUUGAUGCAGAGGGGUAGAGAGAAGGAAGCCGCUGAAUCUAUUGCCUUUUACCGACGAGUAAGCGUCACUGCAAAAGAGGUGCAAGUUGAGAUAGCCAAGAUCAAACUCCUGCUGGAUCCGAGAUUAGAAAAGAUGCUGGAAGGAUCAGACGAACCUACAGUAACUAAGGAAUUGAUUGAGAACCCUCCAGAGGAGAAGAAGCUUUCAGAAUGGCAAUUUUUAAAACAAUCUCCAACAUCGAUCCGGGCUCUGACAACCAGUUUCGCCUGCAUGGCAACCAUGAUCCUGAUGGGCAACAUCGCCUUCCAGGUCUACGCGGAGACCUUGUUCCAAGAAGCUGUACCAUCGUAUGACUCAAACCAGUGUUCAGUAUUCCUAGCCAUCAUACUGCUUUUAGCAAGUGUUAUUUGCUCGUUCAUCAUUGACAAGUUUGGGAGAAAGCCACUGAUGAUCCUGACAGCAGCCAUCGCCAGUGUAUGCACGCUCCUAUUGGGAGUACAGCUGCAGUUCGACCUGGCUCCUGAGUGGGUUUCAGCAUUCAUCAUCUAUGUAUACAGUUUCAUUUUCAACGUAGGAGUUGCUGUUAUUCCUUACGUUUUGAGUGCUGAACUGUUUUUGCCUGAGGUGCGAGGCCUCUGCGGUAGUAUUACCAUGACCUCUGGUUGGGCCUUGAACUUCAUCACUGUCCUACUAUUCACACCAGCGAUAGAAGUUGUUGGAAUCCCUGUAAUGUUCUACAUUUUCUCCGUCGUCGGUUUUGUAGGAGCAACGUACUGCUUUUUCAAUUUACCUGAAACUAAAGGUCUGUCAGUAGAUGCCAUCCAAUUGUUAUUUGUGAAGAAGACGAAGAGGAAAAACGAGGUGUAGAAUGAUUCAAGUGACUUUAAUUAAGUGAAAAGUUCUUAUGCAGAAAUGGUAUUGAUUCUCAGGAUUGAGAUGUAAUUCGUAGUUGACACAUUCGUUAAUUUCGAUUGAAAUGUAUUUUAUGAUAGCGGUGCUGAAAACAUGAAGAUCUGCUUUGACCUAACUAUCCUAUCUUUGUUUUGACUUUGAAGGAAGAAUUAGAAUUUUAAACAAUGGAAUAUUAGUAAUUGAAUGAUUGCGAUUAAAUUGAUUUGUAAGAUCAACUGCUCAAUACUAAAUCGUUAUUCAGUUUUACAAUUCCAAAAUUCAAGGGUUAGUUAAGAUUUUUCUCAAAGACAGAGAAACUAUUAUUUAAAUGAAAACUUCUAUUAAAAUAUACAAAUGACCUCUUGAACAGAAUGUAAAUUUUACAUAGUAGAUAUAAUGUAAAACAAGAUGCGGCAUGCAUAUUCAAGUGAAAAUUAAAAUUCAUAACCCUACGCUGCGGUUGGGAAAAUCAAUAUAAAUGUAAUUAUUGUUGGUCCUUUGUCUACUAUCCCUAAAGCAGACGAGAUUUUAAUGUUAUAUAUUCACGUUUUAGCUUAAAUUAUAAUUAGUUCGCUUUGAAUAAUAAGCCAGGAGGCACAUAGAAACUAGAAUUAAAUGAUGAAAGUUCAAAAAAUGUGGGAAUGUAAAAUAUUUUUUGGUUAUGGCAAGGUUAUGUUUUAAAACAAAACAGGAUUUAUUUAAUGGUAUCAAAAUUGAUAGUGUAGAUGGGAUAGUUUAUGGGAAAACUCUGAACUUUAUAAUAGGAGGUAAUUAAUGUAUUGACUGCAUGGUUAUUUCAGUGUAUAUUGCGCUUUGUGAGUUUGAUUUCCGCCAUGGGCAAACUUCUUAUUAAGUGUGAACUGCAAACACUUGUUUUUAAGUAUGGUGAGUUGAAUUUCUGUAAACCCGACAUAAGGAUUAAAUUCCUUAGGAAUGUUGAUUUUGUAAAAAAAAAAAUGCGGUACCAAACUUCGAAUUGUUAGGUGUAAAAUGCGAUCAUUGUGUUUUUUGAUAUAAUAUUGUCUUAUUUUUAUUGAUCUGAGCCCCUAACACAUACGGUAUUAUAGAAGUAUUUGUAACUAUUUCAUGUCGUAUAUCAAACGAUUGAUAUUUACUGGACCAAGUAUAGAGCCUUGGGGAACACUUGUGUGAAUCGAUGUUUAUGAUAGAAAUAUUAGAUUUUUACGAUUAUUAUUUAUAAGCUUUGAGAUGUCUCAUAACUAAGUUUAUAUUUUAAAUUCAAUUGUUUUAAUAUCUGAUAUUUUAUUAAAACUACACUUGAAUAAAUGUGAGUAUGUGUGUGAAAAGCUAUGUUUUUGUCAAAUGCCUACUAAGUAUAUAUUUUGCAAUUAAAGAAAUAUAAAUUGAAGUAUA